AUGGCGUUUCCAAUGCCAUACCAGAACAUCCCGAAGGAUGUGAGGGACACCACCAAGGCCAAACUCCCUCCUGCACUGCUGCCGUCCCGAAGGGCUACAGAGGACAGCCUGUCAGGAAGCGAGAGCUCGCCUGGCCGGAAGAGCUCCGCAGCCUCAAAGUUGCCACCCAAUAUAAGCAGAGAGGAGACGGAUAGCUCGUGGCACGAGGACGCACCUUUCUUGCCAUUCCUGGACGAAGUUCGCGCAGCCGGAGAACGCGGCCGCUCCCACUCGUCUUCAUCUUCCGAGGAGGAUUUGACGCUUCAGAGGUCACGCUCCAGGAGCGAUCGGAUUCGAGGACUGCGGCGUCUGAAAGAAAUCGUGAACGCAUCGGUCGAGUCUCUAGCGUUGACGGGAGAUGACUCGGCAGAAUACGAUCCCCUGUCCCGGUUACCCUUUGCGUCUUUGAGGGACAAUGCCGAAUUUCACCGUCUGUAUCCCGACAUUGAUGAACGGGAUAGGCUCGUCAAUGACUUUGCCUGCGCCUGGAACAAGGAUGGGUUGCUCAUCCAGGGAAGGAUGUACAUAUCGCAGGAUCACGUAUGCUUCAAAGGAUGGACCAGCAGCUCCGUGUUCUCGCUGCCUUUCCUUCAAAUAUCGCGCAUCGAGAAGAGGACCAUUGCUCUCGUUUUCUCCAACUCGAUCGAGAUUGAGAUGCCUGAUGGCAAAUACUUUUUCGCGAGCUUUUUCAACCGCGAUCAAACAUUCAGAGUGCUUCAGCAACUCUGGGAGGCAAACAUGACGCCCUGUUCUUGUGACGGAAUCGGCACAUGCGCAACAUGUUUCAAGAGAGCGACCAUCACUAACCGGCCCAGAAGAGGAGACAGUCCUUCGAUGACCAGCCUGGAUCUGCGCCGAGGCCCGGUGUCCGGCGACUUGGUCUCAGACGGCUCAUCGAACUACUCAAACUCGUUGAACACCAUGGUGGACCAAAGGCUGCAGCCUGAGGGAGAAGACAAUGUUGAUGAAAUGGCGAUCCCCACGCCUCCCAAAACGCCAAACCCUGGCGCUCGGUCAGACGCGAAGAGGUCACCUCAUCCUGCCGAAUGCGGGUGUGGGGCGGAUCGUGACAAGUUGAGGAAGUUGCUGGAUGUGGUGUAUCCUGUUCCUAUUGAGGAGGUUUGGCGGGAAUACUACACCACUGGCAAUAGUCAGGACGGUGGGUGGUAUGCAUCGUUCUUGGCUGAUAAACGCAAAGCUCGAGAAAUCGCCGUUGGACCCUGGGCAGCACAAGGCGUAACCUCCACCGUAAAACCCAUCCCAUCAUCAUCCGCAUCCGACCCCACCUUCACCCCCGCCCUCCCCACCAUCCAAACCGGCGCCCAUCGCACCCUCGAAUACGUCCUCCCCCUCUCCGGCCCCAUCGGCCCCAAACAAACCCGCUGCCAAGUCACCGAAGAAGUCAUCGGCGCGUCCACCUCCAACGACUUUGUCUGCGUCUCCAGUAAAGCCGUCACGCCCGACGUCCCCUCUGGAACCUCCUUCCAUGUCAUCACCCGCGUCUGCCUGCUCCACGUACCCCCCGCGCAGACACGUAUGAUCGUCACCACCGAUAUCGUGUUUACGAAAUCGUGCUGGAUCAAAGCGGCGAUUGAGCGGGCGACGCCUGAGAUGCAGCAACGUUUUUUUAAUGACGUGCACGCUUCCUUAUCCGAGAAGUUCGCCAAGAAGCAAACGACACCUCCGGAAUCGACCACAACCAGGGAGUUGCAGAACACUGCCCGCGCACGCCCCACCAACCCCCGCCGCAACACACAAAAAGACCGCAGCGCGACAACCCCCACACCGGACACGCUCAAAACCACCAUCCCAACCCCCAGCAAACCCGUCAAUCUCGCGAUAGGCACCCGCUGGCUCCAAGCCGCACCCAUCCCUAUCGUCCUGCUUAUGCUCCUGUUCGCGUUCGUGGCGCUGUUCUCGCUGACUAUCCAGAGCAUUGCGCUGUAUAAGGUAAUUGGCGUGCUGGAACGUGUUGAGGAGAGGAUGACGGAGAGGAUGAUGAGGGGGGCUUUGUAG